UUUUUUUUUUUAUUUAUAUUUCACGUUUCUUUCUCUCUCUCUCUCUUUUUUUUUUCUUUUUCUUUCUUUGAUUUCAUUUGUAACUUAUUUCCAAUCAUGUCAAUUUCAUUUUCUGCGGAACAGCCGUUUGGAAUCAAGCUUUAUCCGUUGUUUGAAAAAGCAUAUGAAACCAUUGUAGGACAACCUGCCAGUGCGUUUGCCUUUGCGCCAGGUGUGACACCUUUCGCUUCUACCAAUGAAGUGAUGAUCAGUUGUGUGGUCUAUUUUGUUGCUAUAUUUGGUGGUCAAUUCCUGAUGAAACAUUUACCAGCUUUCAAACCACAAAUACUCAAAGUACCUUUCCAAAUCCAUAAUUUUUUACUAACUAUUGUAUCAGGUACAUUAUUAUUGUUAUUGGCUGAACAAAUUUGGCCCAAAUAUCAACAACAUGGAUUGUUUUAUGCUGUGUGUGAACCAUCCUCUUGGGAUCAAAAGGUUGAACUGAUUUAUUAUAUGAAUUACUUGGUCAAAUUUUGGGAAUUAUUGGAUACUGUCUUUUUGGUCCUGAAAAAGAAGAAAUUAGAAUUUUUACAUUAUUUCCAUCAUAGUAUGACAAUGGUACUUUGCUUUACUCAAUUGGUUGCCAAAACAACGGUGUCUUGGGUACCUAUUCUUCUGAAUUUGUGUGUUCAUGUAUUGAUGUACUAUUAUUAUUUCCGUACUGCAUCCGGUGCCCGUAUCUGGUGGAAGAAAUACUUGACAACAAUGCAAAUUGUCCAGUUCAUGAUUGAUUUGGUGGCUGUCUAUUUCUGUAGUUACACUUAUUUUACCUAUACUUAUUAUCCUUGGAUGCCAAAUAUGGGAUCUUGUGCUGGUACCGAACUGUCUGCUUCCUUUGGUUGUGCCUUGCUCAGUUCUUAUCUACUUCUAUUCAUCAAUUUUUAUCGUAUCACUUACAAGAAGAAAGCUGCUCUCAAACAACAACAACACCAAUCCAAAAAAUCUUUCAAGCAACAAUAAAAAAAAAAUUGGCCAAUAUUUUUUUUUAUGCUCUAGUAUUUUAGUUUAGUGGUUUUCUUUUUUACUUACCCUCCUUUUUUUUUUUUUUU